AUGUCAGGAAGAGGUAAAGGAGGAAAAGGUCUAGGUAAAGGAGGCGCCAAACGUCACAGGAAGGUGUUGCGUGAUAAUAUCCAAGGUAUCACCAAACCAGCAAUCCGUCGUUUAGCAAGACGAGGUGGUGUCAAACGUAUCUCUGGUCUUAUCUACGAAGAAACACGUGGUGUCUUGAAAGUCUUUUUGGAAAAUGUCAUCCGUGAUGCUGUCACAUACACUGAGCAUGCAAAGAGGAAAACUGUCACCGCCAUGGAUGUUGUCUACGCCCUGAAACGUCAAGGCCGUACCCUUUACGGAUUCGGAGGACGAGGAAAAGGAGGAAAAGCAAAAGCAAAGGCAAAGUCUAGGUCAUCCCGUGCCGGACUUCAGUUCCCAGUAGGUCGUAUCCACAGACUUUUGAGGAAAGGAAACUACGCCGAGAGAGUUGGUGCCGGAGCACCAGUCUACCUUGCCGCUGUCUUGGAAUACUUAGCAGCUGAGGUUUUGGAGUUGGCAGGAAAUGCUGCCCGUGACAACAAGAAGAGCAGAAUCAUCCCCCGUCAUCUCCAGUUGGCCAUCAGAAACGACGAAGAAUUGAACAAACUUCUCUCUGGUGUAACCAUUGCACAAGGUGGUGUUUUACCAAACAUCCAGGCUCACAAAUACACUAACAUUCGAAGUUUCAAAGUAUUCUGUCGUGUAAUCGUAGAUUUUCACAGAGAACAUAUCGCAAUGGCUCGUACAAAGCAGACCGCCCGUAAAUCCACUGGAGGAAAAGCUCCAAGAAAACAACUUGCCACCAAGGCCGCCCGUAAGAGCGCACCUGCCACUGGUGGAGUAAAGAAGCCACAUAGAUACAGGCCAGGAACAGUCGCUCUUCGUGAGAUCAGAAGAUACCAGAAAAGUACUGAACUCCUCAUCAGGAAACUCCCCUUCCAGAGAUUAGUUCGUGAAAUUGCUCAAGACUUCAAGACUGAUCUACGUUUCCAGAGCUCUGCCGUUAUGGCCCUCCAGGAAGCCAGUGAAGCUUACCUCGUUGGUCUUUUCGAGGACACCAACUUGUGUGCAAUCCACGCCAAGAGAGUCACCAUCAUGCCCAAAGACAUCCAGUUGGCUCGCAGAAUCCGUGGAGAACCAAACAACAUGUCAGGAAGAGGUAAAGGAGGAAAAGGUCUAGGUAAAGGAGGCGCCAAACGUCACAGGAAGGUGUUGCGUGAUAAUAUCCAAGGUAUCACCAAACCAGCAAUCCGUCGUUUAGCAAGACGAGGUGGUGUCAAACGUAUCUCUGGUCUUAUCUACGAAGAAACACGUGGUGUCUUGAAAGUCUUUUUGGAAAAUGUCAUCCGUGAUGCUGUCACAUACACUGAGCAUGCAAAGAGGAAAACUGUCACCGCCAUGGAUGUUGUCUACGCCCUGAAACGUCAAGGCCGUACCCUUUACGGAUUCGGAGGUUAA